GGGCGCUGUGUGACGGGGCCGCUGCCCCUUCCCGGCGCGGCCUCUCCUCCCUGCGCCACCGCAGCCGCCUCAGCCGGCGGGAGGGGGAAGGCGGCCGAGGCGGGCGCCAUGGCGCUGCCGGUGCUGUCGAGCUCGGGGGUGAAAUUCCGGCGGGUUCUGGCGCACUUCCCCCAGGAGCUCAGCCUGGCCUUCGCCUACGGCUCCGGCGUCUUUCGGCAGGCGGGGCCCUCAGCCGGGCACAGCGAGAACAAUAUGCUGGACUUCGUGUUCGCAGUUGAUGAUUCUGUGACCUGGCAUAUGAUGAACUUACUAAAGAACAAGAGUCAUUAUUCCUUCCUAAAAGUUUUUGGGCCAAAACAGAUAAGUAAUAUACAGAGCUAUGGAGCAGGGAUUUACUACAAUACUUUAGUGCCAUGUAAUGGUAGGAUGAUAAAAUAUGGAGUAAUUAGCACCGAUGCCCUGAUUGAUGAUUUACUUCACUGGAAAACCCUCUAUGUUGCUGGACGCCUACAAAAGCCGGUGAAAAUACUGACACAGAAUGAGAAUGGCAAGCUGCAAGCUGCUCUUGUUAGCAAUCUGAAGAGUGCAGUCACAGCAGCCUUUCUCAUGUUACCAGAAAGUUUCUCUGAAGAAGACCUCUAUAUGCAGAUUGCAGGACUCUCCUAUUCUGGUGACUUCAGAAUGAUCAUAGGAGAAGACAGAUCGAAAGUGCAGAACAUUGUGAAACCUAAUGUUCCCUAUUUUCAGAAGCUGUACAGUAACAUAUUGCAGGACUGCCCUCAAGUGGUGUAUAAGCACCAUCUGGGAAGGCUAGAGAUUGAUAAAAGCCCGGAAGGUCAAUUCACACAACUCAUGGCUUUGCCAAAGAAUCUGCAACAAAAGAUAACUUCUCUGGUAGACCCUCCUGGAAAAAACAGAGACGUGGAAGAAAUUUUACUGCAAGUUGCCCAUGACCCUGAUUGUGGAUUGGUGGUGCAUCAAGGCAUUUCAGGAAUUGUGAGAUCUUCCAGUAUAGUGCAAAGUGCUAAAACCAUACUAACAGCUGGGGCAAAAAAAUCUGUAACUUACAGUAUGAAGAAAUUGUAUAAAAUGACAAAGGGAUGGUUAAAGAAGACAUCUUGAGUCUUGACACACUGUGUGUGGGUAAAUAAAUGGUACUUUUUCUCCAAAUAUUUUCCUGGUGUUGCUUUGCCCACUUAAGAAGGUGAAAGUGCAUUUAAGAAGUCAGUUUUAAUAAUUCCAUGUCCAUUUUUACUACUGCCAUAGAAAUUCUUGUUACUGGGGAAGGUUUGAUGGAAGUAGGGCAAAGGAAUUACUAUGUAAAUACUGAAAUGAGUUUUUCUGUACAUGCAAAUCAGAUUUUCAAAGAAUUUUCAGAAACCUUGAAUUUAAAGAAUCUAUUGUACAUAUGAAUUAAAGACCAAAGUCACUUAUUUUCUAUGUAAUGAUAGCUUUAUUUUUGAAAAUAUCCCCAUGGCUCUUUCAAAAUAUUCUCUUCCUCAACUUUAGUUUUCUCAGAGACUUACAAAACUGGAGAGCCCAUAGAAUUUUAAUUAGAUAUUAAACUGUUCUCUCGAAAUACGUUAUUUAUUUCUUCACUUGCAAGUUCACCCUUAGAAUUCUUCUGAAGGUGCUAAGUGGUGCAUCUGCAGGUUAGACUUCAUGACAAGUAAUUUUUUCUCAAAUCUGAGACAUUUUGAAUCAAAAAAAGACUGACUUUCAGUCUGGGAAAGUGUGUUCAAAAUUAGAAACUUUUCAGGUGUCAGUUCAUUUUGUAAAAUGUUUGUUCCUUUUGUGAGACUCAAAUGACAACUGCCUAAGUCAUAGCUAAGUGUUGUCCAAGGUGUCACAGUUGUAAGGAAAGUCAUACUGUCAUUGACAUUCAGCAUCUACUUGUACAGAUUCCUGAAAUGGAUUCUUAGGCAGAAGGUUUUAUCCAAGUGCGUUAAGAACAGGAAUUUUAGAAACAAAAGUGUUUGAUUCAUUGAUUUUUUUUUUUUUUCCUGAAAAUAAUGUCUGUAAAGAUAAAAAUUUGGUUACCCUUGCUUAAUUAAAUAAGCUAUGCUAAAGAAGUUGGACUACCCCAUAAUGUGUUACGUGAUGCCAUUAAAGAGUGGAAAUUUAUGGUGGUAUUCAUGUGUGAUGAAAUAAAUUGGAGCAUCUGUUGUAAGUAGAAUGCUUUUGGCACUGGCUCAGGUGGAUUUGCUAAUUUUAGAUGUUUUGCUUAAUGGAACUUGAGAGAACAUUUCAUUUCACUUGUGAAAGUAUCAACAAUUUAAAAAACAAAACCAAAACAAAACAAAGUGGGCUUAGAAAUGGAAAUAUAUUUUUCCUGACUAGCAUGUGCUUUUUCUUGUGUAUCAUGUGGUCCAUAGGGCCAUUUCUCAAACUAAACUUUGAUUUAAUGAUCUCACUUUAAAAAGCAUUAUUGGAAUGAAAUUGGCUGCAGUUUCCAGGGAUCAGUUCAAAGCAUAAAUUUAAGAAAGAAGAUAGAAAAAAAAUACAAUAUUUUAUUUAACACGACUCACUAAGGCUUACUUCAAUCACAGGGGAACUUUUAAAUAUCGAUUAUUUUAAAAUGGCAAAAGUUGAAUAUAGUCAGGAAAUAAAUUUGUCUGAUUUUAUUUUCUUGGAAAAGAAAACUGAUGUUAAAUGGUAACUUUCUAAAGUCAUAGACCGAUUUGUAACAUUUCACUGCUUGUUAGCUGAUGGUGGAUCUAGAAUUUGUUAGACCAAUCCCCUCACGUGCCCAUUUUCUGGUAUUAGGAGUCUGGCUGUCCUGAUGGUGCUCUGUUCUGCAGAAGAAGUGACUUAAACUAGAAAAUGUAUCUAUAGUACUAGAAUUCUAUGUUCUUGUUAGUAAGAAGCCAAAGUCCUAGAUUUGAAAAAGAAUUACGUGAAAUGGAUCUUUGGAAUUUAAGCCACUGCUUAUUUUAAAUUAACCUUGGGCUUUGGCUAGAUCUUUUUGUUUGCACGAUGAGGUUCCUUUUUGGACCAUCUAGAAACUGUUUUAUACAAAAUAUACCAUAUCCACCUUAAAAUUAAAUUCACAUGUAGGGACAACGUGAGAUAGUCACGUUUUCAUACAUUUCAGCUCUACUAAAAGGAAACCUGAAAUCAGAUAUUGACUUACUUAGGUGUAUGUUCAGUGGAAAAUUCGUAAGAACAGAGAAUACUGAUCCCAGUGUUAGAAACACACCCUGAAAGAUACAAGGCUUUUGGACAGAGGAACAGCAUGAGAGAGAAUUCAGGAGGGAGUCAAGGCUUUUUGAAUGAAGUAGCUACCAGGUAAGAAGUGCAAUGCUGUCAGAACUGCUGGAUAGAGACAUCUAAUGAGGUAACAACUUUGAUUUUUUGUCCCAAAUGAAGUACUCUGUGGAGUAAGUUGCAUAUGGGCAGGAGCAUGGACAAAAGACCAAUUCUUUUUAUUUUGAGGAGGAGCUGGGUGGGGGGACAUAAUCUGCUGGAAGUCUUAGGAUACAAAAAAUAAAUAAAUUGAAAACUGAGAUUGACAGCAUGUCAUUUGUCAACUCCUGCUUAGCCUCUAAAAAGGAUUUAUUUUUGACAAACUCCAUGAGAACUUUUUAGUGAAAUUUAUGUUUUUCUCUGUGUGUGUGUGUGAAUUCUGUUCUUGUAGUUGACUUUUGGAAAAUAAAUACUGAAA